CAGGCGCUCCACGCGCUGCACUCCGCGAGCCCGCCCGUGGUGCACGGCUGCCUGAAGCCCUCCCAGGUGCUCUUCCACGCGUCCGGUAGGCCCAGGCUCAACUUCGGCCUGGAGCAGCGCCUCCGGGGCUGCCAGGUGUUCGCGCUGCCGCACGAGCUCGGGCACCUCGACGCGGAGGCCGGGGGCGCAGGUCACAUGCAGCCGCCGAUGCCUCACGAUCAGUCCCCAGCAGUCGACAUCUUUGACCUGGGGCUGCUCAUCCUCGUCACCGCGCUGGGAAGUGAGGAGACGUGCUCCGCGACGCCAUCCCCUGCGCGCGCGAGCUGGGCGGGGGCGGCCAGCGCUCCGCCGGCGUGGCGCCCCCUGGGCUGGUGUCGCCGGACCGACACCUGCUCGCUGCUGCGCGGCGAGCUGCGCGGGGAGGCGGAGUCGUCCGCGGCCGUGGCCCAGGGAGAGCCUACGGCGCCCCGGCGGACGACAUGGGUUUCCUGCCGCCCGCGUCGGACCUCCUGUUCACCGCCCAGUACUCCGAGGCCGUUCCUGGCCUUCGUGUCGACCUGCCUGGAGGCGCACACCCACUCCGUGCCGGUCACGGCUGGGGACCUCCUGCAGCACGAGUUCCUGGUGGCUCCCGGCGCUGCCGGGCCACAGGUCUACUUGCACGAGAUGCAGCGCCUCGCGACGCUGCUCAACGAGGCGCCGGAGAACGACCCGAGCCGCUUCGGCCCGG